AUGUCGACCGCAGCCGUUGGCCCUCCCGCGCCCGCCCCCACCACCGCCCCCGAGCCGUCGACCCCUCGCCCUGAGCCCACCUCGGAGAAGCCUGAUCCCACUCCCACUCCCAGCAACCCUCCUCCCCAGCCGAGCAGCAACCCUCCUCCACCCUCGACCUCGACCACCACCCAGGAGACGCCUGCGCCGCCUCCCCCAUCCUCGAGCUCAGAGACUUCCACGUCCACCACUGAGGCGCCCACGACGUCGGCGUUGCCAACCCCGAGCACAUCGUCGACCAUUGAACAAUCGUCUGUUGUGGUGAUGACCAGCACCGGAUCGUCAUCUUCGUCAGCUAUUGCGGAGGUUUCUUCUCGCUCCGAGUCGUCGACCUCGACCUACACUCAGAUCAAAACCGUCAACCAGAGCGGUCCGGCCCUUAACACCUCAGGCCGCACCAGCGCGUCAGCUGGUGCGGGUAAUGCUGGGAGCAGCUCCAGCUCGGGCCUUUCUGGCGGUGCAAUUGCUGGCAUUGUCAUCGGCGUUCUUGCUGGUAUUGGUCUGAUCGCCUUCCUCGCGACGGGCUACAUGCGUCGCCGCUCGCGCGCGCGCCGCACCGCCAACCGCUCGUCCAUGUUCGAGCCCUGGCAGACGGCUGUCGCGACCGAGGAUCCUGGUUACGAGAAGUCGUACCCCAUGGACACCCAGCCCGCGUUCCCUCCUGGCGGUGACCAGUUCGACCCCAACUAUGGUUACCAGCAGGGCCAGGCCGGUUUCCAGCAGUACCCCGACGCGUACGGCCAGUACCCCAACCAAGGCCAGUUCGCUCCUGGUUACCCUGAGGGUGCUGGUGUCGGUGUGCCCGUUGGUGGCAGCAUGGCCGGUGCUUCUGUCGAUGCGUACGGUGCCCAGCAGGGCUUCGACGCCUCCACUUCGCCCGGGCAAAACCCCGCCGACGCUCCCAACCCCAUGUCCCCCCCUGCUUCAUCUACUGGCCACAACGGCGCGAUUGCCGCAGCUGGUGUCGCUGGCGCCGCGGGCGUCGCUGGUGCUGCCGCUGCUGCGGGCUCGAACGCUCCCGAGGGCCUCCACGACGGAAUGAUGGUCCGAGUCAAGGUCGGCUUUGUGCGCUCCCUCGAAGACGAACUUGCUAUCACGCAGGGCCAGCAGCUCUACCUGCACACGACCUACGACGACGGUUGGUGCCUGUGCGAGGACGACGCGCACAACCGCGGCGUCGUUCCCGUCAGCUGCCUCGAGCCCUGGACGCAGUGA